AUGUUUUGGCUUGAGUUUAGGGAACUCAAGCUGGCAUUGUUGGGGAACUGGCAGGCAGGGUUGAAACAAGGGCUGAGCAAGACAUUCCAAACAUGCGCAGGCGGGCUAAGACAUAUAUCCGGCGGUGAGAUAGAUGUCCACUGGGGUGACAGACAACGAGAGGUGCCGGUGGGAAGGGAAUUUGUAUAUCAUUACUCCCCAGGGAAGAUAAAGCCCUUUCUUCUUGCCAUGCUUCAGAUCUCGGGAUUGUCGCUAGCCUCCUCACAACCGAUGACAACUCCCGUAAGGACCAAGCACCCAAACUCCAGGAAGCGAUAG